CUGGCAAUGUAAUUUUCGGUCAAUGAGAAGUAAACAUGGCGACUGAUGUACCUCCGGAUGACGAUGAUGCUUGGUUAUAUGGAGAUAAUAAUGCUGAGGAACAACGCAAAGAAGAAAUAAAUGCAAUAUUCGAUAGAGCGACCGAAGAAGUUGUUGUUCCAGGUGAAGAAAAUAUCAUCACUACAAAUGGAGAUACUGAGCCUCCAGUGGUUGAUAAAGAAAGUGAUAUCCCUGGAGAAGAAAAUGAAAAGAUACAAGAGAAUGAAGAAGAAAAAGAUUCAGAUGAGGAUGAAGAUUCAGACGAUGAUGUCCAGGUUACCAUUGGGGACAUAAAACCCGCAACCACUCCCUAUCCUUAUGGUGGAACUCCAGUUAAUUUGAAUAUUAAAAGGGGUGCUGGCUUUGCUGGUGGUGCUGGUGUUAAUGCUAGUUCAAAAACAAAAGGAAUUGACUUAGAAACUGUAGGUCUUAUUAAUGGAGUGUCUAUGUAUGAAUUCAACUUAGACUCCAUUGAAGACAAGCCAUGGAGAAAACCAGGUGCUGACAUUACAGAUUAUUUUAAUUAUGGUUUUAAUGAAGAUACUUGGAAAGCUUACUGUGAAAAACAACGCAAACUGCGACUUGAUAAUAAUAUAGCUCCAAAGGCUGUACAGAUAAUUCCAGGAAAAGACCAACAAAUACCAAUAGCCACUGUAAAUGAAAAUAGCAAAUAUUCUGGCAUUGGGACUGGCGCUAAGAAAGCAGGGCCACCACCUGGCCGCCGUAUGUCUGGUAGUAUAGAUGUCAUUUGUGGAGCUAAUAGUUCUAGGCGUUCGGGAAAUGCCAAGGAAAAUGUAAUACAGGUGAUCGGAAGAGAUGUAUUUGAUUCUUCAUUACCACCUGGCUUACCUCCUACCCAUAUCCCUCCACCUUUCAUUCCUCCUAAUUUAUCAGUACCUCCUCCAGGUAUACCACCAGGCAUUCCUCCUCCAAAUAUUCCACCACCUCCUGGUACAAUUCCUGGGCAUGUCCCAUUCCCUGAUCUUUAUGGAAAUCCAAUAUUUUCUCAGCCACCGCCACCUGUUGGAAGUGUUAAUGUAGAUUCAAAUUCUCAAUAUGACGAACAAUUUUUCACUGGCAAUUCAUCUCGUCCAUUUGAUGCAAAUUCUGAAUCACAGCACAGUUGGACUAAUUCACCUCAUCGUGAAAGAGAUAGGGACAGAGAUAGAGAUCGUGACCGUGAAAGAGAGCGUGACAGGGAAGGCAGAAGAGAUCGUGACAAAGAUAGAGAUCAUUAUUGGGAUGAAAGAAGUAGAGAACGUGGUUCUAGCAGAAUGUCUACUGAAGAUGACUAUAAAAGAAGGGAUAGGGAAGACUACGAUAGAAGACGUUACAGGGACUACAGAGAAAGACGCGACAAAGACAGAUACGACAGAGAUUACGAUCGAGACUAUGAUCGUGAGUACUAUGAGAGAGAUCGUGAGCGUGACAGUCGUGAGCGAGACCGAGAAAGGAGGCAUCGGGAUCGAGAUAAGGAUAGAGAUGAUCGGCACAAAGAAAGGUCAUCUCGGCGGCGGCAUCAUCAUGAUGAGGAAGAAGAACAUCAUUCAUCGCGGCAUAAACACAAAAAGUCUAAGCGGGAUAAAGAUGAUUCAUCUGUUAUUUUGGAUGGAAAUGACUCCACUCAACCAGAAAUUGAGGAAGAGGAAAAAUAAGAAAUAUAUCAUUUCUUUUCUAAAAAUUUGUCAUCUUGUGAAUUUGAAAUGUUUAAAAUGAUGUCGAAUAGAAAUGAAUGAGCUGUUUUUCA